GCGGUGCCAGUCUUGGUAAAUUAGUGUUGCGGGGCACAUCUAUUACACCUGCCUAGAGGUCAACCCUUGAUACCUGUCACUGAAUACGUCACCACCAACUGCGACACUCGUAUGAAGAUUUCUAUCCGUGUCAAGUAAUUUUAUUUUAUACGUGUUCAAUCGUUAAUUUACUCGCCGCUCUUGUAAACAGCUCGGAAGUAGCAAGGACAGUUCGCCACAAAACAGUACAGCUGAUUAGUUUUGUAAGCCAGGCGUGAGAGACCCUGCGGUGUGACCCUCUACUGAGCACUUACCUACAACCUUCGGCAGCCUCUUUCUGACAAUGAAUGAUGAAAACCCUCUGGAGUGUACCUUGUGUUACGAGGAGUAUAAUGAGACUGGACGACGACCACGAUGCCUACCAUGCGGCCACACCUUCUGCUCCUCCUGCGUGGCCAGCAGUAUCUUCAGAAGCAAGGUCACCUGUCCUAAUUGCCGUAAGGAACACUUCGCCGUCACUGAGAUGCAAUUUCCUGUUAGCUACGGCAUGGAAGCUCUCAUUAGAAAACUGAGAGAGUCGUCUCAUGACUCACCAGACUCAGACCCUCGACACAGUGACCCAGAAUACGUCAACAAGAGGUUAGUCAAUCUCAAGCGGGAACAAGAGAAUAGCCUGAGUGGUCUCAUCGCGGAGUGCGUGGACGGCUGCUCACAACUGGACAAAUACUUGGUACACCUCGUCGACUGGAAAACUGAGCACAUUGAACUUAUUGCUAAAUUGAGGAACUUAAUGGAGAAAAGCGAGGAGGAGAUUAAGCUCCUGGAAAAGGAGUAUCAUCGAGCCAUGGAAGCCAGAGAGGACUUGGAGAAGCUCCAGCAGAAGCUCAAGACCCAAGAGAUGUGUGUGGUUCUGGCUGACACCAGGACGGAGGUGAUAACGGCGCUGGAAACGUGCAGCAAGUGGAAAGCUGCAGCGGGUCCCAGGCCCAGCAGACGCCUCGACCUCUUCCCUGACCUCAACACUGUCUUCACCUCUGCCAAGGUGCGAACAAGUACGAGGGCAGGUGUGCAGGUGAUGGUGAAGGAGGCCUCAUCUGGCCCGGUGCCUCUGCUAGUGAGAAACACCUCCGCCACCAUACAGGACAAGAUCGACCACAUCACCGCCAACAUCAGGGACAAUAAGGACGACGACGUGCUCACAACAGAAAGUCUGCGUAUUAUGAACACUCGAGUGAAGGACUUGCUGAAGGGCGGACGGGUGUUCACGGUGCAAUUGGUAGAGGGACGCCAGCGUUACGGUCAGCUGGGUCUGGAGCGUGACAACAUCAUGGUGGGGGCGUUACAAGACUCCGCUCCGCCGCCCCCUAACGCCCACACCUUAGUGUACUCGGACGUGUGUGAAUGGGUUGACUCGUCUUCCACGAUGGCCUAUCUAGAGCUGAGUUGGGGAGGCACUAUCAGAGGGCGGGUCCUCAUCCGGGUGGAUUCAGACACCAGGUUAGGUCAACAGUUCGUGCUCCUCUGUACUGGCGAGCUGGGUCCCACCUACAAGAGUACUCGAUUUAUAGAAGUGAUCAACGAGUGUGUAUACGGCGGUGACUACGAGUAUAACGACGGGACAGGAGGAGCUGCGCUACAGACAACGGUGACUAAGAGUGAAGAGUACCAAAGACCUGGAUCUGGAGCUGUGGUGGGCAGGUGGAAGGACGACGCUCGUAGGGCUCAAUUUGGCAUCACCAUCAGGGAGUGGAGUGCCAACAUGUACGAGGUGGUCAUUGGUCGGGUUGAAAGUGGUCUGGCACUGGUGGCAGCAGCGGUCAGGUUCCAUACCCUACAAGAGGUGGUUAUUGAGGACUGCGGCAUUGUUUUGGAACUGUGAAGGUGCUAUUGUAGUGCGUGCGUGCGUGUGUGUGUUGUGUGAGUGCCUACACUGUAUACUGGUGAAGGAAUAUGUAUGUCUGUAUGUAUUAUCACAAUAUUUUGUAAAUACACUAUAAUUUAUAUAUCCGAGAGUUAAAAGUAUAAAACUUCAUCCCAGUUACACCUGAAGACUUGUAUACAGGAAGUUUCUGAUUCAUGCAAGAGUUGUUAGUUUAAUUUAUGUCUUGUACAUUAUAUAUCUAUUGUCAUCUGAGUCUGUCUGAUUUUAUCAAUUAAUAUG